AGCAAGCCGGUCCGCGCAGCUUGCAGGUCCACGGCAGGCACGGGAGUCCGGCGCAGGUGAAGAUCGUUCCGUCCCAGGGACCCAUUUUCGGCUCCCUGCACCGCAAGGGACUUCAGUUCAUGGUGUUUUUAUUUGUGUCCUGGACGUCAACUGGGUUCAUUACAACCUACACCCUACAGGCCAUGGACCACAAGGGGUCACCGUACCCAGACAUCCGACUCCCGGGCAGCUUUCUCCCGCAGUCAUGGGUAAUAAUUGGGACCCUUUUCGGCUGUGCCUUGCUUGGAUCCAUCAUGACAAUAAUAUUUUACGUAUUCCACAUCACAUUGUAUGAGGACAAUUGUGACAUCCUUUUUCAGAGGGCUCUUCUCGGCCUAGGAUUAUGUGCCUCCUUUGGGACCGGAAUCACUGCUAUAGCUCAGUUAUUAUCAUCCUCUCUGCUGCAUAUGUCUGGUGUGGCCAUGGCCUUUGUAUGUGGGGCCUUUUACAAUAUUAUGCAGUCCAGAUGCCUAUACGAGACCUCCUGCAACCCCCGGAUCAUCUGCCACCUCAGAAUGGCGCUAUCGAUAACCAUCACCAUAAUGAUGCUGAUCUUUUAUGCCAACUUUACCCAGCAGCUAUUCUCGUUGUGCGGAGAGCCCGAAUGUGAGGAGGUCUUCAAUGAUGCCGCCGAAGUUGCCUGGUGGGUGGCUAUAGCCUGCUUCCUUCUCCAAGUAAUCACAUACUACAAGGAUUUCCAGCGACUUUACAUGGAGAUCUCCGGGGGAAUGAUCAUCAUCGCAUUUAGGGAAAAACUCUAUCAAGAACUCCCAUAGUUUGCUGCAGGCCCUAGAAGAUACAAGACCUCUUCUUCUAAUAUGAUGGCAAUAAUCAUAACUCACUUCCACCCCCUUUCUCUAUAUACCUUACCCAUUCUUUCCCAAUGAAAAUUUUUUUUUUUAAAAAACAACCCCCAUACUUUUCUGGGUUAUGGGGGGAAAAAAAACUUAAAAAAAAAAAAAAAAAAAAUGGGAAAAAAACACCCCAUACUUUUCUGGGUUAUGGGGAGAAAAAAAAUAAAAAAAUGGGAAAAAAACACCCCAUACCUUUCUGGGUUAUGGGGAGAGAAAAAAAAAGAAAAAAAAAUGGGGAAAAAAAACACCCCAUAUCUUUUUGGGUUAUGGGGAGAAAAAAAAACUAAAAAAAAAAAAAAAAUGGAAAAAAAUACCCUCCUUCUCCUACCUAUCCUUUCUUCUCUACCUUAUAAAAUCAAUAAAAAAUAUUACACGAUAGAA